UCUCACCUCAACUCAACCUCGCACUUCUUCACCUUCUACGUUAUCCUCUUCCGACACCGAAACGCGUCGUCGUUUUAUACUCUUCGAUCCACAUUCCUCCUACUCCAACCCUAACUUCUCAGAUCACCAUCCUCUUCUAAACAAAAACCCUAAAAUUUUCAUUUCUUUAUAUCUUUAUUUUCCCGAUCUUGUCCCUUCACUGGAACUCUUCGUCUUCGUCUUUCUCGUGAUUUCACUGUGGGAAUUCGAUUACGGUAACCAAACCAAAAAUUAAAAAAAAAUAAUUAAAUUAAAUUGAAAAGAAAGAAAGGUUUUAGGUUGUUCUGAGCUGGGAUUGAAAAUGGUGGGAGGAGGAGGAAGCAGGAAGGAUGAGGUUCCGGUGAUAAACAGUACCAACGUCUUUGCAGCGCUCGGGAGCUUGAAGAAGAAGAAGAAGAAGCCCGAGAAGGAGCAGGGCUCGUCCAAGACCGGAGGCGAAGAGACCGAGAAGAAGGAUGUUUUCUGGGCUCCGGCGCCGCUCACGGUGAAGUCCUGGGCUGAUGUCGACGAUGAAGAUGAUGACGACUAUUACGCCACCACGGCUCCUCCUCAAUCCGUUUGGGGCGCUCCGUCUUCUGAGACCGCGACUGAACGCGACGCCGCUCCAGAGGAAAGUGAGAGUGAGUUAGAAGGUCUCGAUGAUGUUGAAGAUGAUGCUGAGGAUGAACAUGAAAAUGACUUAGAAAUGCCAGCAGAAGCUGAGCCUGUUCUUCAAAAGCCUCAUGAGCCGUCACUGGUUACCAAAGAAACUGAAAGACAACUUUCAAAGAAGGAAUUGAAGAAAAAAGGGCUUGAAGAGCUUGAAGCUGUUUUGGCUGAGCUAGGAUACCCACAAACUGAACGCAGUGGCCAGGAUGAUUCCCAUGGUGCAGAGAAGAAAGAAGAGGAUCGCAACGGUGAGGUGGAAAAGAAGGAGAAUGCUGCUGGGGAAAGCAAAAAUGCAAGAAAGAAGAAGAAGAAGGAUAAGUCUUCCAAGGAGCAGAAAGAAUCACAAGACCAGCCUGAUGGUGCGGAUGUUGGAAAUACAACAUCUGAAGCUGCUGAAACGGAAAAGGCUGAGGAUGUACCUGCCUCUGAUGUUAAAGAGCGGCUUAAGAAAGUUGCCUCUAUGAAGAAGAAAAAAUCAAGCAAGGAGAUGGAUGCUGCUGCCCGUGCUGCCGCCAGUGAGGCUGCUGCAAGGAGUGCAAAGCUUGCCGCUGCGAAGAAAAAAGAGAAGGGUCACUACAAUCAGCAGCCAGUGCGGUAAACAGGCUGGCAAAGUAUCUGUAUCUCUUCUUGGCUGUUUAUUUUUUAUUUUGUCCUUUUCAUUUCCUGUCUUUCUUUAUCAUAUAUGAGCAUAGGCUCUUUGUUGUUUUGCAGAUGCAAAAUAAACAUUGGAGCGGUUUUAGAUAUAAGUUGACUUUGAGUAAGUUUUUGUCUAAUUUUACUUGGGGGGAAAUAGAAUUAUAUGUUCUUCAUCUUUCUUUAUCAUAUAUGAGCAUAGGCUCUUUGUUCUUUUGCAAAUGCAAAAUAAACAUUGGAGCGGAUUUAGAUAUAUAUGACUUUGAGUUAAGUUUUGUCUAAUUUUAUUUG